AUGGCUUUAACCUUGUUCCCUCCUCGUGCUCCAUCGAGGCAAGCGGAAUCGCAUGCUACUACAAACAAUACGUCGCAGGAUGAUAAACACAAACAUGCACAAGAGCAAAAAGUUAGCCCUGCGCCUCCCACUCCAAAGACUCCCAUGAUCGAAGAGGAGACCGAGGAUAAUAAUAGAAUCAGCUUCGUUCCUCCACUACCAACUUUUGCAUCAAGGACAGAGUCCAGGUCCGCUUCUCCGGGCCCGCUACGGUCGAGCUCCAACAGCCGACAGAACUCACCAACAAGAGCUGCCCAAAACUUGACACCGCCGCCAACGAUGUCUUUGCCACCUCUGCCAGCAGGUGCCGAUGCGCCUAUCCUCUCAAAAAAUGGCCGUCCCCUCAGCCCAAAUAUUACAAAAGCUCACACUAUCUCCAAGGGAUCCUAUCUGGCUGGUGCCAGAAUGAAGGCAAAGGAGACAUUCAUGCGUCGCAAGGGUAGUAUGCCCGAGAUCAAGACGGGUGCUCCACUCGUUGUUGAGCAAGAUAUACCUAUGGAUUCUCCAACAAUACCAGGGCGUCCUCCAACGCACGAUAGGCAAGCCAGUCUUCCAGCGUCGGCUUUCUCGGCUCCUCCCUUUGGCGACACAAUGUUCAAACACUCUGAGAGAAGGGAACAUAAACGCUCGGCUUCCACAGCCAAGGAGGCUGAUAAACCAAAGGUUUUACUUCAUAAGCGCUCAGAGUCUACCCUUAAACUUGCUGAGACCCCCAAGUCGGCACAUACACCAAAGUUCCCGCCUGCUGUUCCCGUUCCUACACGCUCACCACAUUUGCCAACUACGACCCUUCAAACCAUUCGGUCGCCUGGGAGCGACCUACCACCUACUGUCCCCCCAAAGGAUCCCGCUCCACUCAGUGUUGUCAGGAAUGUAACUCAACGAGUUCGCGGUGGUUCGGAAUCUGCCGCAGAGAGGCCCCCUCGAACAAUCACUCAAGUACAUAAGAGACAAACAUCUGCUCAAGAACCACGAGAGCAGCAGAAGGUGAAGCCCGUUGCAUCAACCGUUGCAUCAACCGUUGCUGCAAGCAAGCGUAGAAGCACAGCCAACCGGACUAUGCCGAGAGGCAUGCGUCCCGUUGAUGUUGUCAAGACACUUCAACCUCCUGUGAUCGCCUCUCUUCAAACUGCAGCUCGUAAGACUUGUGAAAAGUUUGCAGUUCUUUCCCCUGCAGAAGUUGAUACCCUUACAGCCGAACUCGCUUCGCUUGAAGAGCGAUGCGAAUAUCUUCGCAGAACACAUCAAUCUCUACGAUCCGGAAAGAAGGCCCUUCACAUGAAGAUGCUUCAACACUUACGCUCCGAUCGAGGUGGAAGCUUUUCUAGAGAGACUUUGCUCAAGCAGCAAGAGGCUCUAGCAGACCUCGAUAGUUCAAUCGAUGACUGGGAAUCCAAAAUGGAGAGAGCUGAAACCAGAAGGGCCCAGGUUCAUAGAAAAUUAUUGGAGCACGUAGCCGCUGCUCUAAGUGUUGGCCCGACCCUGGAGACGGCAAGAGCCGAUACCCCUCCCUCCACUCCUGAAAAUCGAGACAGCCUUCUUGAAAGGACACAAUCGAUUAAAGUAUAUGCUCUCCUUGCAGAUGUUGAGAAUGAGUACGGAAAGAUCUUCACUGAAGCCCGAUCAUAA